CGAUGAUGCCUAGAAAAAUUCGAAAUUCAUUUUGUAGCACAAGCAUUUACAUUCAAAAUUACAUAUUGAAUUCUCUGGCUGGCAAUCAUGCUCCGUAUGAUGAUGGCCAUUCCACGUGCCCUUCUCAGUCAGUUAAGCGAUAUCAAUUACAAUAUUGUUGUGCUAAUUAUGCUGAAGCUGUUGUGCAUCGUAACAUUAAUGGACUAUUAUUAUGUCCAUUAUGGCUACGAUCUGAUCUAUUGGCUUGAUGAGAUUUGCCGGGAACCGGUGGAAUAUCUGCUAUCCGGUAUUGUUCUGGCUGUCGCUGUGCAUGUUGUGAUGUCGUGUGUCGAGGUCACGAUACUCUCGACACUUAUUAGACGCAACACGUGCCGCUACAAUAAGCCCCGGCAACACUUUGAAGAGCGCUAUAGACGCUUUGUGGUCAUGCGUUUGGUGCAACAGCUCGAGAAUGCUUUGCAAAUGCAGAAACGCUUUACUGGACAGGGCCAGCAGAACGAACAGGAGAUGGCAAUGCUAGAGGACUUGCACUCAUCCCAUCAGCAGAUCCAUCAAGCUGUUAACGAUUUUCGCAGCUCGGUGGCUGUGCUGCUGUGGCCAAAUCGGGCCGAUCUCCAAAUGGACGCGUUCAUACUCUAUCACAUCGAUGAGGGGCAGCUAGACGAGCUCCAAAGUCAGGGCUAUAGUUUGAGUCAGCCCGACAACAGAGAUAUUCGUAACGAGCAUUUAAAAUGCCUGCUCAAUCCACCUGGAUAUUAACAAUGACAAAUAAAUGUGCAUCAGUAUCCAGCAAUAAAAAGUAAAACGUUUCUCGUUCUGCCAAUAAA